UCUGUUGAUGGACACUUGAGUUGUUUCCACCUUUGUGAGUAAUGCUGUGUACAGAAUAAUGGAUGUACAAGCAUCUGGAUCCUUGUUUUCUGUUCUUUUGGGUAUAUAGCUAGGUGUAGAAUUGCUGGAGCCUAUGGUAGUUCUAUGUUUAAGUUUUUGAGGAACCAUCAAAGUGCAGUAAGCAUUUUGUGUGAGGCUUUAUGACCCACAUUUAAUGAAUCUCCUUUUUUAAAGUCCCUUGAAGGCAAGGAUUUGUCCUGGAAUCAGGGGUCCCCAAGUUCCAGGCCACGGACUGGCACUUGUCCUGGCCUAUUAGGAACCGAGUUCACAGUGGCAAGCAGUCAGCAAGAGAGCAAAACUUCAUCUGUACUUACAGCUGCUCUCAUCGCUUGCACUACCAAAUUAUCACAGUGGAAACGGAAAAAAGUGUACAAUAAACGUAAUGCAUUUAAAUCAUCCCUACAUCACCCCACCCAUAGAAAAACUGUCUUUCAGGAAGCCAUAACCUGGUCCCCAAAGGGUUGGGGACUGCUGCUAUACAUCUGGGUAUCUUGUCUCAUGAGAAGCAGAUGCUCAGUAAAUCGUGGAGUGAGUGUGGGAAGGCCUAAGUCAGUGGAGGACUGGGAUACUGAUAAGCCUGGGUUUUUGUGUCAUCCAGUGACAGCCUGGUAUGAAACAGGAAGUGCCACUGUCAGCAUGCAGCCACAGGAUGGGUAUCCGGUCGGGUGGGGACUCCUGGGACUUCACGUCUCACCUCCCUCUCUGAUUCCCCAGCAAGCCACGGAGGAAGAGUUCCAGUUCUUGCGCUGCCAGGGCUGCCGGGCAGAAGCUAAGUGCCCCAAGCUCCUGCCUUGUCUGCACACGCUGUGUUCAGGAUGCCUGGAGGAGUCCGGCGUGCAGUGUCCGGUCUGCCAGGCCCCCUGGCCCUCAGGCGCCGGCACGCAGGCCCUGGACAACGUCUUCUUCGAGAGCCUGCAGCGGCGGCUGUCGGUGUACCAGCAGAUCGCACGCGAGCAGGCAUUUUGCACCCGCUGCAAAGAGCCGGCCAACUACUGGUGCUUCGAGUGCGAGCAGCUUAUCUGCCACAAGUGCUUUGAGGCGCACCAGUGGUUCCUCAAGCACGAGGCCCGGCCCCUGGCGGAGCUCCGCAGCCAGUCGAUACGGGAGUUUCUGGACGGCACCCGCAAGUCCAACAACAUCUUCUGCUCCAACCCCAAUCACCGCACUCCUAUGCUGACCAGCAUCUACUGCAGAGGCUGCUCCAAGCCCCUGUGCUGCUCAUGCGCACUCCUGGAUAGGGACCACAGCGAGCUCAAGUGCGACAUCAGCACGGAGAUCCAGCAGCGGCAGGAUGAGCUGGACACCAUGACCCAGCACCUGCAGGAGCAGGACCGCGCCUUUGCGGCAGCGCAGGCGCAGAUGCGCUCUGCCAUUACCCAGCUGGGCCGCGUACGCGCCGACACCGAGGAGUUCAUCCGAGAGCGCGUGCGCGAGGUGGUAGCGCACGUGCUCGAGCUGGAGCGUGAGCUGCUGGAAGGCGUGGGUGCGCGGUACCAGCGCGACUACGAAGAGAUAGCGGGCCAGCUGGGCCGGCUGGACGCCGUGCUACAGCGGAUCCGUAUGGGCAGCGUGCUGGUGCAGAGGAUGAAACUGUAUGCCUCGGACCAGGAGGUGCUGGACAUGCAUGACUUCCUGCGCAAGGCACUCCACCAGCUGCGCCAGGAGGAGCCCCAGAGCCCGCGAGCCACGGUACACACAAACAGCUUCGACGCAUUCAGGAUGCGCCUGCAGGACCUCCUCUCUUGCAUCACCCAGGGUACAGAUGCAGCUCUAUCCAGGAGAGCCAGCCCAGAAGCUGCCAGCGCUCCCAGAGACACUUGUAGCACUGACCCGCCAGAGGAGGUGCAGAGGGACCAGGAGCAAGCCGCGGGAUUGGCCGUGGUACAGCCGGUGCCAGGGGCACACCCUGUGCCAGUGUACGCCUUCUCCAUCCAAGACCCCUCCCGCAGAGAAGAGGUCACCAACACGGCCACCCCGCAGAAGAGGAAGGCCUGCCAAACCGAUUGCCCCCGGAAGGUCAUCAAGAUGGAGUCUGAGGAGGGGGAAGAGUCUAGGUUGGCUCAGAGCUCCCCUGAGCAGCCCAGGCCCAGCACCUCCAGGGCAGUCUCGCCACCCCACCUGGAUGGGCCCCCCAGCCCCAAGAGCCCCAUCAUAAGAGAUGAGCUCUCGAUGCCUGACAGCAACCAUCAAACCGGCGACCCUGCAGAGACAGAGGAGCGCGUCGUGGUGAUCAGCAGCUCAGAAGACUCAGAUCCUGAAAACCCGGACUCCCGAGAGCUGGCUGACAACAGCAGCGAGUCCAGUGACCUCCAGCUGGAGGGCCCCAGCUCACUCGGAGUCCUGGACGACAGCCUCUCCAACUCCCUGGUGGAAGACAAGCCCCUGGUUUUCUUUGACCUCAAGAUUGACAAUGAAACCCAGAAGAUUAGCCAGCUGGCAGCCGUGAACCAGGAAAGCCACUUCCGCGCGUACAUCCAGCCCGAGGUGCUCAACGUGUGCUCCAAGGCCGUCUCCCUGGAGGUGGGACUGCAGCACUUCCUGCACUUCUUGGCGAGCAUGCGCCAGCCCAUCCUGGCCUGCCAUAAGCUGUGGGGGCCCAGUCUCCCCAACUUCUUCCAGGCUCUGGAGGAGAUGAACAUGCUGGGGGAGUUCCAGAAGGCCAUCUCGGGCUUCCUGGACACCCUGCCCCUCAUCCGGGAGUGCGUGCCUGGGGCCAGCAGCUUCAAACUCAAGAGCCUGGCCAAGACCUACCUGGCGAGAAACAUGAGCGAACGCAGCUCCCUAGCGGCCGUGCUGACCAUGCGUGACCUGUGCCGCCUCCUCGAGGUGUCCCCCGGCCCCCAGCUGGCCCCGCACAUCCACCCCUUCGGCAGCCUGCAGUGUUUCUCAUCCCUGCAGCCCCUGGUGCGGGCGGCCGUCCUGCCCCGGGCCGAGGCCCGCUUGCUGGCCCUCCACAAGGUCACCUUCAUAGAGCUGCUGACCGCACACCACCAUGACCCGCGGGGCGGCCUGAAGAAGUACAACCGCUUCCUGAGCCUCCGGAACCCCGCGUCGCCCUCUGCCCAGCCUGCGCUCGACCUGCAGUCUCUGGGCACCUACUUUGAAGGUCUGCUGGGGGCGCCGGCCAUGGCAGGGGCAGGAGACGUCGCUGCGCCUCCAGCUGGCCACAGCUUGGCAGAAAGGGCUACGCAGCAGACCUGAGGGGAGGGGCUGACUGGCUCAGACGCUCUGGGGACAGAGAGAGAUGGGGUCCCUGAGCCCGCCCCUGCCCACCGCAGCAUUCCCAGGUCCUGGUCCCGUUAUCUCCCUUGUCAUUUGGUCCAGAAUCAGUUCUCCUUCUCCGGGACCAAAUUCCACUUCUCUAAAAAUUCCACAGAGAAGGUUCUGAGGCCAAGCUACCACCCGCCGGGGGCCACCAGAUCCCUGGGCGGCCCUGGGAAAACCGUGAGUUAGCCCAAAGACCCCCCUGGGCCUCCCUCUCCAGGAGCCAGAACCAGGGGCAGGGUGAGGUCCCUGGUGAAAAAGGCCUGGCUGCUGGGCUCUCGAAGCAGCCCCCAUAUUGCCCCAGCCAACCAGCUCCAGCUUCCAGAGGGGUCCUUACUGCUCCCCCCUGAGCCCUGGCAUGGCCCCAGGGGGCCUGCUGAGAGCACCCACGGACACUGCCUACGACACCAGGGGCCCCACGGGUAGGAAAGUGCCUUUCAAACCAAACCUUCCCUGAGGGCUUUGGGUUCUUCUAGCCUUUGACUGCCCGAAGGCCAGCCCAGUUCACGUCCCCUCUGGAGCACUUUGACCCCCAGAGGGCCUCCUCUCAGCGGAGAUGGGGCCCGCCGCUCCCUGCUUCCAGACAUGAACUUCCAAGCCUGCUUCCCUCCUCCUGGCCACACUGGGCCCUUCUCGCUCUCUGCACUGCCCCCACCUGCCCCAAGCCCUCCCGAGGUGUGACCUCCAACCCAGCACUGAUCUCAGUGGAGUCCAGGGACCUGCAGCAUAGGAGUCUCUGGGGUGGGGCCCAGCAGGCUGCUUUAGCAGGUUCUCCAGAUGAUUCUGAGGCCCGCCAAGUUUCAGCGCCAUUGCUCUGAUAGACUGCCUUCCCAGGAGAAUCAGUGUGGAGCAGCAGAGUCCUGGCCCUAACUGUGUGCACUGAGUGGAACCCAGGAAAGGGCCCCUUCCUGAGCCCCCACGUCCCCACCUGUAAAAUGGGCUGGUUAGCCCGCCCGGUCCCAGAGCUCCUAUCUGGCCCCGCCGUUCUGGGGGUUUAAGAAUGAACAGCAGGCCUCUGGGGCCGUGGUCAAGGAGGUUUUCAUUCUUGAGCCCAUGGCCCCAACCCUAAGCUAACUAAGGCCCCCAAACUUGUGCGGAACACAGGCAGGUGGUCUUGUCUGACCAGCAGAACCACUGCCCCUUCCCCUCUGCCAUCCCUCUUCCUUGACGCCCUGAUCCUGGGGACAUCCCCAUGGCCUCAGCUUUCACAUGGGUGAAGGCUGUGUGCCCGCACCCCACUCCCCAUCCACUGGGGACCCUGAAGACCCACAGAGGGAUCACGUAGGAACUUGUUGCCAUGUGAGAGUGCUGGCUCUAACAGCGAACUCUGAUGCAUUUAAAAUCAGAUUCCGACUUAAAAGUAGGCGCUGGCUCUGAAGCUCAGUAAAACCGGUGGCUUGGGUGAGGAGAGGAGGGGGCCGGAGCCUCAGUCUGUCUGUGAUGACCAUCUUGGCAGCAGGAGGGCAGGACUUGGUCCCCUUCUCACCACAUCUUCCCCCCAGCCCCACCCCAAAACUGAGCCUGCUGAUUUCCAGCUCCAAGCCCAGCCCCACAAGGCUUUCUCCCUUCAGAUGGAGUUGAUCACAAGUGUUAUAGCAAAGGACUGUUCAGCUCUCUCGCCACUGUCCUAGCCUUUAAUAAAGAUGUGACUCUUCAAA